CCGGGGCGGCGGCGCUGCUGCGCGAGCCGGUCUACAACUGGCAGGCCACCAAGCCCACGGUGAAGGAGCGCUUCGCCUUCCUCUUCAACAACGAGGUGCUCUGCGACGUGCACUUCCUGGUGGGCAAGGGGCUCGGCGCGCAGCGCAUCCCGGCGCACAGGUUCGUGCUGGCCGUGGGCAGCGCUGUCUUCGACGCCAUGUUCAACGGGGGAAUGGCCACCACGUCCACUGAGAUCGAGCUGCCCGACGUGGAGCCCGCUGCCUUCCUGGCCCUGCUCAAGUUUCUGUACUCCGACGAGGUUCAGAUCGGGCCCGAGACGGUCAUGACCACGCUGUACACCGCCAAGAAGUACGCGGUGCCCGCGCUCGAGGCCCACUGCGUGGAAUUUCUGAAGAAGAACCUGCGGGCGGACAAUGCGUUCAUGCUGCUGACGCAGGCGAGACUCUUCGACGAGCCACAGCUUGCCAGCCUGUGCCUGGAGAACAUCGACAAGAACACGGCCGACGCCAUCUCGGCAGAGGGCUUCACGGACAUUGACCUGGACACGCUGGUGGCCGUGCUGGAGCGGGACACCCUGGGCAUCCGGGAGGUGCGCCUGUUCAACGCCGUCGUGCGCUGGUCGGAGGCCGAGUGUCAGAGGCAGCAGCUGCAGGUGACGCCCGAGAACAAGCGGAAGGUGCUGGGCAAGGCACUGGCCCUCAUCCGCUUCCCACUGAUGACCAUCGAGGAGUUCGCUGCAGGGCCCGCGCAGUCGGGCAUCCUCGUGGACCGCGAGGUGGUCAGCCUCUUCCUGCACUUCACGGUCAACCCCAAGCCGCGCGUGGACUUCAUCGACCGGCCGCGCUGCUGCCUCCGCGGGAAGGAGUGCAGCAUCAACCGCUUCCAGCAGGUGGAGAGCCGCUGGGGCUACAGCGGCACCAGCGACCGCAUCAGGUUCUCCGUCAACAAGCGCAUCUUCGUGGUUGGCUUCGGACUCUACGGCUCCAUCCACGGGCCCACAGAUUACCAAGUCAACAUCCAGAUUAUCCACACGGACAGCAACACGGUCCUGGGCCAGAACGACACGGGCUUCAGCUGUGACGGCUCGGCCAGCACCUUCCGAGUCAUGUUCAAGGAGCCGGUGGAGGUGCUGCCCAACGUCAACUACACGGCCUGUGCCACGCUCAAGGGCCCGGACUCCCACUAUGGCACCAAGGGCCUGCGCAAGGUGACCCACGAGUCGCCCACGACGGGGGCCAAGACAUGCUUCACCUUCUGCUACGCGGCCGGGAACAACAACGGCACAUCAGUGGAGGACGGCCAGAUCCCCGAGGUCAUCUUCUACACCUAGGCCGCUGGGCCCCGCACGGCCCGGGGACGCCACAGCCCCGAUGUCACCCAGCACAAGUAGGCCAUCCCAUCCCAGGCCGCGCUAGGCCCCGCCCCGCUGCCGGGCACCCCUGCCACGUUCCCAGGCACCAGGAGGCAUCUUCGCACUCCACCGCGGGGCAGCCAGCUGGCCGCCUGCUCCAGGGAGCCGGGAGGUGGCCGGGGUGGUGGGGGACAGUCCCUCAGGACUCGGGGGGGCGGGGCUGGCCUGACCUCGCCCUGAGACGGGGGUUGCCUGCCCAGCUGCCUGACCGCAGGAUUUGUGUAGGGUGUCGCCCUGUGUGUGUUUCAGCUGCACAUGGUGGUGCGUCCGGGAUGCCCGUUUCUCUGCUAGGAGACCUCAUGCGGGGCCCCUUGUGUAGUGGGGUGGGGCUCACAUCCUGUUUGGUUCACUGGGGAUGCUCAGGCCACCCUGACCCGCCCCUUAGACGCAGGCUUGAGCUCUCCCGAGGUCCCGCAGGCCGGCUUCCUGCCAGGCCCAGGCCUACCCAGUGGACCCAGCAAAGGGCCAUCCCUGUCCAGCCUCUCUGGAUGGUCCUUCCCAGUCCUUACAGAUGAGGACAGGGUGGCAAACCCUGCCUGCCUGGGAGGGGCGAUACUGCAGGUCAGCCGGGAGGGCAUAGUCCCAGCCGGCCUGCCCGCCCGUGCAUCCUGCAGCCCUGCCCCUGCCUCCCAAGCCUCCAGAGCGCUCUGCACAGAGGUGCUGGAGGGCCAGCCCCUCCCCGGCCCCCAGGUACUGCCCCCUUCCUAUCCUAGUGUCUCCACCUGGAACCUGUGUCUUCCCCGAAGCCAUGGAAGGUGUGUCCUCACACCGCACCCCAAAAUGUUUUUUUAAAUAAAGGAAAGAAACACACCA